CGAAAGUUGAGUCGUAGGUAAACGCCCAUGUUGAAAUUCUCCUGCUCAUUGCUCCGUCGCCGGAGCGCCCAUACCCUGGCAGACUCUCCAAGCCCGAAUCUGAAGAGGAAGAUUGAAGAAUGGAAUAGGGAGGAGAGGAGGGGAAAGGGGAAGAAGGAUGAGCUCUUUGUCCCUGUUCCAGAGUCCAAGGCGUUUCUCGAUACAGCCACCAUGCCCAUGAUCCUCACGGCCGUUGCCAUCGCUUUGUUUGCAAAGAUUUUGAUGAUGUACGAUGACAGUAAAGCACAAGAAAGGCUAGAGCGCAAAAUACAGAAUUCGCCUGCUGGGCAAGGAACAGUGAGGAUGCUCACUCGUGAAGAAUGGGAGGAAAUCCAGGAAUUAAGGCCACGUACUCCUUUUGAGUCCAAACUUGCUCGUCCAAAUGCACGCAUAAGGACUGGAGAGCCUGUACAUUUGGAAGACAUCAAAGAUUGGACUAUUGAUGUCCUUACUGAUGCACUCACAAGAGUUGAAGAGGCCAUACGCAACAACCGAGAGGAUAAGUGACAGAUGAAUAUGCUUUUCAGGUUGAGAAGAAAGGUUUGGAAAUACAGCACAGAAGACAGGGAAGGCUGAGCUUUCUUGUGCUUGAACAAGAAAACAGUUUGUAUUCCAGGAGCUGUUGAGAAAGCAUGUAAACCCAAUUUAUGCUUCUCGUCCCAAAGAUGUUCAGGGAAUUUCUUGGGAAAUCUAUCUUCAUACUCUGAGCUUUCCCUUGAACCUCAGUAUAGAGUUCCCAAACACCUUUUGUCCUCGGCUUGUGGCUUUGUUUCACCCUUGUGCAUCAUUGUUCCACUAAAGUUACCAACUUGUUUCAGUUUAGAACUCGUUUAAUUCAUUUCUUCCAGGUAAAUGUAGCCUUUUUUUGGUUCUUCAAAGGUAAUGAAUGCAUGUCAGGAACUGUCAUUCUACUGUAUAGAGUUGAAUUUUGAGGUUUUUAAGUUGAGAAAUUUUGGAAGUCUAAU